AAAUGGAUCUAUUUAUACUGAAAAACUAAGUUUCGGGGGUUAGAAAAUGGCACUGACAAACUUCAUAUUAACAGUUGCAGGCGUUAGCGCGGUGGUUCUUCUAUUGCGAAGCGACGUUAAACAAUCGGCUGCGAUCUUUAGGCGCAACGUUAAACAUAUAAGGAAUUGGCUUGAAGAAGAAUCUUCUUCUGCUUCCAAGGCAGCGGAGAAGGCAAAGCCCAAGAAAUUGGAGUCCAAGGUACCCCCUAAGGAGAAGGACUAGUUUCUUUGUAUGGAGUUUAGAUUUAUCUAUUAUAACAUGCAGUUAAUUUUUUUGAAUAUCUGGGAUUUUUAUUCAGAAUAAAUGUUGAUUAAUGUCUGGGUUUAUAUGCACUUCAUAACUACUUAAUUUUGUUGUCUUUAACGUUUUUCGGUUUGUUAAUAGACAGAUUUGUUUACCUGAGAGUUAAUACUUCUUAGAAAUGUCGCUCUUAUUUUGAUUAGCAU